AUGUGGCAGGCUUAUCAAGCCUGGAAGCGACCGGCAGGAAGCCAAGAAGCACUGGUUUCACUCCCGACUUGCGGAUCUACAACAGGAAAAUUGCAGUCCAGCUCCGCGACGCCGCCGGCCGAAUGCAGGACGCCUCUGCCCAGGUGCUACAUGCUCUCGAUCAUCUCCCGAUACACAAGGCUGUACCCAGAGGCCUGUUCUGCACCGGCGCGGAAACUCAUGGAUGCCUACGAGAACAAGCCCAAACCUUCCACGAAUCAAGGCCGCCAAUCAGGCCUGGCAGAGGGCGACUGUGGUUCCCGCCAUGACAUAUGGCUUGGCUGCUACCGCCCCCAGUUUGUUAUGGCGUUCCCACGGCGCUUGACAUUCUUCACAAAGAGGCCUGGCAGGUCGACCAAUGGCAUGCCCAGAACUCUGGAGCAGAUGUACCUUCUCAGGCCAGCAGCUCCCUUCUACAACUGCCGACGAUGCUUCAGCUACAGCAAUGCCGCUGGGUGGAUCUGGCGAGUGAUCCUGCUAUUCAGCAGUAUCUCCGGUCUUAUUACUGAGUGA